AUGGCUAGCAGGCAUGAGAUUUCAGAUGCUUACACUGAAACAACUGAUAAAAAGAACAAAGAUUAUGAGCUUGGUAAUAAAGAAGAAGAGGAGGUUCAAGACACGUGCAGUCCACGUGGGAGAGUUGGUCGACUGAACCCUAGAUUCCACCCAUGGCUUCAAGAAUGGAACCAGGUUUUGUUGCUGGUGUGCGCCAUGGGUCUGUUCUUGGACCCAUUCUUCUUCUACACACUCUCCAUAAGCGAGUCGUGCAUGUGCGUGUUCGUCGAUGGCUGGUUUGCCAUCACGGUGACGGUGCUCCGCUGCAUGACGGAUGCAACCCACAUGUUGUUGCAGUUCAAGAUGAGAAGGUGGUGGUGGAGUCGGAGAUCAACCCCACCACCAAACCACCACCAAUUGAGCCAUUAUUACGGAACCAGUGUACAGCGGAGGGUGGUGGCGUGGCUCAUGACGGUGGCCAAGAACCGGUUCUUAUUUGAUCUCUUUGUCGUCCUACCUAUACCUCAGGUAGCACUAUGGAUAGUGACUCCAACGUUACUACAAAAAGGUUCAGCGACGUUUGCGAUGACUGUUUUCUUAAUCUUGUUUCUCUUUCAAUACUUACCAAAAAUUUAUCACUUUGUCCACCUCUUACGACGUAUGCAAAGUCUCUCCGGCUAUAUUUUUGGUACCGUUUGGUGGGGAAUUGCUCUCAACUUGAUUGCCUAUUUCGUUGCCUCACAUGCUGUGGGAGCAUGUUGGUACCUGCUAGGAACCCAAAGGGUUGUGAAGUGCUUGAACCAGAAAUGUAUGGAAACACAUGGAUGCAACAUGAGAAUAUUCACAUGUGAAGAGUUGUUGUAUUAUGGAACAAACACUCUAAUGAGAGAUCAAUCAAGAUUAUUAUGGGGUGAAAACAUAAGUGCAAGGUCUAUUUGCCUACAAGACAAUGACAACUUCAAUCACGGAGUUUUUAAAUGGACACUUCAACUCGUCACCAAUGAGAACCGAUUGGAAAAGAUACUCUUCCCCAUAUUUUGGGGCCUCAUGACACUCAGUACAUUUGGUAACUUAGAAAGUACAACAGAUUGGUUGGAAGUAGUAUUCAUCAUCAUCGUUCUCACAAUCGGCCUUCUUUUAGUCACCAUGUUGAUCGGAAAUAUCAAGGUUUUUUUGAAUGCAACAACAUCGAAGAAACUUGCAAUGCAAUUGAAAAUGAGAAACAUGGAGUGGUGGAUGAGGAGAACUCACCUCCCUCAAGGACUUCGACAAAGGGUACGAAAUUACGAGCGGCAACGUUGGGCAGCGAUGCGCGGAGUGAAUGAGUGUGAGAUGAUCCAAAACCUGCCCGAAGGUCUCCGUAGAGACAUCAAGUACCAUCUUUGCUUGGACUUGGUUCGACAGGUACCCUUAUUUCAACAUAUGGACAACUUGGUCCUUGAGAAUAUAUGUGACCGUGUAAAGCCCCUCAUAUUCACUAGAGGAGAAACGAUUACUCGAGAGGGAGAUCCAGUGCAACGAAUGUUAUUUAUAGUGCGAGGACAUCUGCAGAGCAGCCAAUAUCUACGAGAUGGUGUCAAAAGUUGUUGCAUGUUAGGCCCCGGGAACUUUAGUGGGGAUGAGCUCUUGUCAUGGUGUUUAACAAGACCCUUUGUCGAAAGGCUGCCUCCAUCUUCGUCGACACUAGUAACCCUCGAGACCAUAGAAGCUUUUGGGCUGGAUGCCGAAGAUUUGAAGUAUGUUACACAACAUUUUAGGUACACGUUUGUGAACGAAAAAGUAAAUAUGAGUGCAAGAUACUAUUCGCCAGGAUGGAGGACUUGGGCUGCAGUGGCAAUUCAAUUGGCUUGGAUGAGGUACAGGCACAGGCUCACGCUCACUUCGUUGUCAUUCAUCAGGCCUAGGAGACCUUUGUCAAGAUGUUCCUCACGUGGGGAAGAUAGGCUAAGGCUUUACACGGCUUUACUGACUUCACCAAAGCCUAAUCAAGAUGAUUUCGACUUUUGA